AUGGAGCCAACAGCAAGUUUGAUAGAGAGGGUAGUUCAAUUUUUUCAGUUACGAAUCAAAUUUGAAAAGAAUGGUUGCUCGCGAUCAGUGGUAAAUAAGAAAAUGGCGUUACGACAUAUGAUCGCAGUGAAUCACGAAGAUUCCUUGGAAGGAUCGAGGGAACAAGUUGGAGCAAGUCAGCGUUCAUCGUCCGACAUCCCCAGAGUCCCGCCUCACGCCCCUUCAUCGCCAAAAAGCAUGCGUUCCGACAGCACCCUCAGCGUCGAUUCGGGCCAAUGUUCAGGUGAUGUGGCACUCACUUCUCAGCACUCAUUCUCUUCGUCCAGAGAAGAACGAGAGGAAAAAGAACAAAUAGAAGAGACUUCCUCGAUUUUUCACGUCUACCAACAGCGAUGUCUGCCCGGAUAUGCCCGAAUAGCA